UUAUGUUGCAGACUGCAACUACAACUUGCAAAACUUCUGUUUCCUAUUGGCCUUAACAUUGGCCUAGACAAUAGACAACCAGGAAGGAGCAAGUUAAAUAGAAUCGAUGCAUCACCCCCUCCAUCAUCCUUCAUCCUCUUGACUUGAGAGUAUACCUCUCGAUCUUUACGCAUUUGAUUAUUCACCGUUCACGUUUCACCGUCCACACUCUAAUCCUCUAUCGAUACCAUCGCUCACUUCGAAUAUGCUGUCCACAACAAUUCGCGAUUACCUCUCAAGGCCAAAUCCAAUAUUUCAAUUGUUACCAUGGUACGGCCGGGGUACCAUAACAUCCACACCUCGGAAAGAAGCAGAAAUCUGGGAUCCCAUAGAGGGUAUGGAAGCCUGGGAAGAUUUCAAUCUCGAUCAAGUCAAUUUGGUCUUUGGAUCUCUGCUGGAUAAAAAAUUCAAUUUGCCCGAGUACCCUCCUGUUUUACCUGUCCAUCUCACGAUCCGCAACGAGAGAGCAUUCGAAUCUGUGGUUGUGGCCUAUAACUGCAUUAUUGUCAAUGCAGCACUGAAAGUGGCAUGUGAACAUCUGAAACUGAAGCAAGUUGCCUGGCUCUCAGGGAGCUAUGUUAGUCCCAGCCCUGAGAAAAUCAUCCCAGAUUGGGCAGGGAUUUGCAAUGAAAGCUACGGAAGGAGUGUUCUCCCCGGAGACAGCAAAUAUGCCCAACAAGAAUUUAGCUGGACCCCUACGGAAGAUCAUUACGAAAAGACAGAUGAUACAUCGAGCGAAGCAUCUAGUGACGCGAAUAGUUCUGCUAUAGCCACCGAGAGGGCCUUGACGCAAGUAAAUCACUAUGCGAAAAUAUACAAGUCUCGGUACUGCUACCUUAUCUCCCCAAAACAAGCUCUUUUGGUACGACGUCGGAAGGAUGAGCAACUGCCUGCUUCGGAAUCAUUAGCGAAAAAUCGGCCAUUAAGGCAAAAACCUGUAGCUAUGCCAUCUCAAUCACAGCGAAGUGAGAGCGAGCCCAGAUCUCCAUCACCAGCCAGGUCAGAUGCUUACGUGGAAGAUACUGAGCCAGACACGAACAUGCAAUAUCUCCAACUCUGUGCUGUGCCUUGGGGCAUUCCGGAAGAAGAGGGAAUAUCGUUGAAUCUGGCAUUGUGGGCAAUGCACAUGAUUUCCGCUGUGGAAAAUGAUGUGAGAUCAAGUUAUCCGGCAUUGAGUGAUGAUCCCGCGCUCAAGAUAUUUUCUGCCUGAUAUCAAACCUCUUAGCCUGACAGUCUACGAGUACUCUUAAGGUGAAUCAGAGUUAUUCCUUUCUUUCCCAACUUAUUCCUUUGCACAUCAACGGCACUUAACUCUCAAACAUCAAGGGGAAAAAAGCUCAAUCACUGACUACAAACGUGAACCAGAAAUCAACGCUUUAUCUAUUAACUAGCCACAUUGGAUGUACCAUACCUCGAAGCAGAGUUGUCCGUUCAUACAGAAUAAGGAGCAGGGUGAACUUACCCAAGAAUAUUUUCACGGUCCUGCAUACCCUUAAAUAAUUCUAUAUCACAAAAACGGAAUAUCCGCCACAUUCUCGGGCAUUGAUCAGUGAUUCAACCUUUUGCUCUCUGGGUUGGGCGGCUUUGAACACAGGGUCAGCGCAGAUUGCACGCCCAUCUUGAGUCCUAAAUUCAAUUAAGAACCGUCUAUCAAGUUUGUUCUCUUAAAUCUUUACUCUGGCCUCCUACCUUUGCCCUGAUACCUGUGAUGAUAGUGAAGUAAAUAUUUUUAUGUAUGUGCUUCAUCAAUAAUAUCGUCGGAAUAAUUAAGAUGAAAUCCCAAGUCAAGUCAACAAAUGACUUGAACUUGGUAGAGUAGAAGGAAAAUAAAGCGAGGCUUAUUUAUAUUGGCGUCAAAGUUUAUAUAGUAGAUGAGAUAAAUGAGGCUACUCAACUUAUAAGGAGUUG